GUGGCAAGCUUGGUUCUUCUGAAGUCAGUAAUAAGCCUUUUACCAUGGAGAAUUUUACUCCAGUUACAGAUAAUUGGAAUGAACAGGAGAACUUGGAACAAGACACAUCCUUAUGCUCCCCUUCGCGUGUCCUUCAUCUUCGUCAAAUUCCAGAUGAUGCUACUGAAGCAGAAAUAAUUUCAUUAGUUCUCCCUUUUGGCAUAGUAACCAACAUAUUGAUACUAAAAGGAAAAGGUCAGGCACUUUUGGAAAUGAGUUCUGUAGAAGCAGCUGUUAAUGUGGUGAGCUACUGUAAUACUGCUGUACUUUACCUCCGAAGCCAGCCUCUUUGUAUUCAGUACUCCAAUUACAAAAUGCUUAAGACUGACAAUGCACCUAAUCAGGCUAGAACCCAAGCUGCAUUGUGUGCUUUGACUGCUGUGCGCUCUGGAAGCCUGCUUUCAAGUUCUGUGAUUGUUAAAAAUGGGCUUCCUCCCAGUCAAGGUUCUGUUCUUCGAAUCGUUGUUGAAAAUGUUUUCUACCCUCUUACUUUAGACACACUGUAUCAGAUUUUCUCUGUAUACGGAUCUGUUUUGAAGAUUGUCAUGUUCAAUAAGGGUAAUAAAUUCCAAGCUUUGCUGCAGUAUGCUAAUCCAAUGGAAGCAUAUUAUGCCAAAAUGAUUCUGGAUGGCCACAGUGUCUAUGUUUCGUGCUGCACUCUGCGUAUUGAUUUCUCCAAGUUAUCUAACCUUAUUAUAAAGUACAACAAUAACAAAAGCAGAGAUUUCACUCGUUUUAGCCUUCCUCCUGGUGAUGCCCAGCCACCCCUGGAGCCCUCUGUAUCUGAUGCCUCUGGCAGCAAAAGAGUGGUCUUCCCACCAUACACAGGACCCGUUGUGUUUGCCCAAUCCACAGGCUAUGCUCAAGCUUCUGGUUUUCUGGUUCCAGGUAUUUCUGGAGUAUUUUGUUCUUUCUCAGUCAGCAGGUAUGCAGUGCCUGGACAGAUGAGUAUUCCUGGUGCUACUGCUUUUGCAACGAGUUCUGUUUUACUGGUCACAAACCUCAAUCCUGAAGCCAUCACACCAUAUGGACUUUUCAUCCUGUUUGGUAUGUAUGGUAAUGUGCAUCGUGUGAAGAUCAUGCUUAACAAAAGAGAUAAUGCUUUGGUUCAGAUGGCAGAUGCAACCCAGGCUCAACUAGCUAUCACCUAUUUGAAUGGGCAGAUGCUUUAUGGAAAGGUCCUCCAUGCUACUUUUUCAAAACAUCGGAGAAUUCAACUUCCUCAUGAGGGACAAGACGACCAAGGUCUGACAAAGGACUAUUUGCAUAGCCCUUUACACCGUUAUAAGAGACCUGGCUCUAAGAACUUCAAAAAUAUCUUUCCUCCAUCUGCCACCCUGCAUCUCUCCAACAUUCCGCCUUCUGUCACUCUUGAUUAUCUGAAGAGCCUUUUUGAAAGUACAGGAUCUACUGUGAAAGCCUUCAAAUUCUUACUGAGAGAUUCCAGAAUGGCUCUUAUCCAGCUGGACUCUGUGGAAGAAGCAAUUCACGCUCUCAUAGCGCUUCACAAUCAUGACCUUGGAGAAGACCAUCACCUACGAAUUUCCUUCUCAAAAUGGACAAUCUGACUUUUCUGUGAAAUUUCCUUUUGAGACUGUAUCACAAUGUUCAUAAAAUCUUGAAAUAAGACUUAAAAAGCUAUGAGGAGUUCUCUUAAAAGAAAAAGCUCAUUUUUACACAAAGAAUUAAGUGAUGAUCUUUUCUGAUUGUAGCUGCCAGUAUGUGAUCAGUUUAACAUUCAUCCAUAGAAAGAUUCUUGUGUAAAAUUGGUUUAGCAACAAUUUAUCAUCAAAUUUCCUAGUUAGUUAUUUUUUGAGAACAUCCUUUUUAGCUUUUGUUUGAAAACAGCUUUACAAAACAUUUGAGUGCCUUUACAAUAUAUCAGACAAAGAGUAUUUCUAAGAAAAUAGUAAAUCUAUUCUGCACAGAUUAAACACUAAUUUGAAUGGGAUACAGGGCUCAAGUUUCUUGAAGAAAAGCAAGCCCUGACUGUGUGUCCUCUAAACAGUAUUUAUGUCAUCAGUGUGGUGUGUUUAUACUUUGGCAAAUCUUUACAAAUAACUUUUUAAAAAAACAAAAAACCCAUGCUGUUCAUAUAGGUUAAAUUACUAGAGAAAAGGCAGUGCCUUCUCUCUGUGGAGUAGAAGAUAUUUGACAAGUUUCUUCAAGAUGUCGUAUUAAACAUUUUGGAGGAAGUAACACAAAAUAGUUGCGAUUUCAAAGAAUUUUGUGUGUUUCUUUUAAAGAAUAAAAUAUUUACAAUAUUCUGGAAAGUAAUUAGGUCUGUGAUGGUUUGACAAGUUUGUAAAAGGUUAUUUUCUUAAGGUCAUCUUUGGGGGCACAAAAAUUAAACCUCAAGAGUUUAUAGUGUCUAAUACCUGAAUUGCUGUGUAUUUAUUAUGUGCCUUACUAUGUGUUUAUGAUACUUCAGAAAAAACCUUAAGCUGUUGUAUCUUGAAAGAUAUAUUUUGGCCUUUGUGAAAAUAAUCUUGGUCUUUUUGGAAAUGUUUUCAUUGAUAUUUCAAAAAUAAUUCAGUCAUUAUGUAACACUGAAUUCUAGGCUCUUGUGCCUUG